GGCGCCCGCGUCUUCCGUCAAUCCUUAUCGUUCGUCACUCGAGUGGAAACAAACCGAGCGAGGGUGUAGUGUCGUAGGGAGAUCGGUCCGAGGGCGGUGAAAAUAAUGGGCCUUGUGCGUUAAUUCGGUCGAAAAGGGGCUUAAGAAAAGAACCGGUAGCAUCGAGCCACUAGAAGGAUGGCCGAUUUAACGCAGCGCUCGUUUCUAAUAGCCGCGUGCCUGUGGCUGGGCGUUGUCGGUCAGUACGAGUGGCAGCCUAAGGAUGCUUUCGACGAGAUUCGAAUCAAGAUGGACAAGGUCACGAUGGACAACUGCGGGACCCAACACCUCAGCGAUCUCUAUCUUCCCGAGGACUCCGUCUCUCAUCUGCCGGACAUCAAGGAUAUCAAUAUAAAUCCAGUCUUCCCGAACCGAACGGCCCUUUUGCACCUGCACAACAUGGCACUCAGCAGGUCGUUCUUUUGGAGCUACAUUUUACAGUCGCGGUUCAUUCGCCCGGCUAUAAACGACACCUACGAUCCUGGCAUGAUGUACUACUUCCUGUCGACCAUGGCAGACGUCUCCUCGAAUCCCUACAUCAACGCAUCGGCGAUAUAUUUCUCGCCAAACUCUUCGUUCUCCCCUUCGUAUCGAGGAUUCUUUAAUAAGACAAUGCCACGAUUUGCUCCGAGAACCUUUAGAGCGGAUGACUUUAACGACCCGAUACACUUGGAGCGUAUUUCUACUACGAAUACGUUUACUAUUCAAGACCUUGGAGCUUUUAAUUUAGAGUCCCGCAGUGACGAUUAUACUAGCGACUACUAUAGAAUUAACGAAUGGUAUAAGAAGUGGCUGCCGGACAAUGUUGAAAAACGACAUGACACGAAAACGACUUAUCGAGUUGAAAUUAGGUAUGCUAAUAAUACCAAUGAGAGUUUUUCAUUCCAUGGUCCACCUGGAGCUGAGGAAUAUCCUGGCCCGGUAAAAUGGACGAGACCUUAUUUUGAUUGUGGUCGAUCUAAUCGUUGGCUCAUUGCUGCCGUAGUUCCCAUUGCAGAUAUUUACCCACGCCAUACAGGUUUCAGACACAUUGAAUAUCCAAAGUAUACAGCUAUUUCGGUUAUGGAAAUGUAUUACGAGAGAAUAGAUAUAAAUCAGUGUCCAAAGGGUCAAGGAAAUAGUGGGCCUAAUAGAUUUGCUAACACUGCACGAUGUAAAAUAGACACAACCGAGUGCGAACCUAUACAUGGAUGGGGCUUUCGUAGAGGUGGGUAUCAAUGCAGGUGCAAACCAGGCUUCAGAUUGCCAAGGGUUGUUAGACGUCCUUAUCUCGGGGAAAUAAUAGAAAGAGCUACUCAAGAACAAUACUAUAAUGGAUUCGACUGUACUAAAAUUGGAUGGAUUCAGAAAGUCCCAGCUCAAUGGGAAAAAGCGCCACCAUAUAUUCGCGAGAGAUAUCUGGAACAGUAUCAUCGCUAUAGAACUAAUGUGAGUGGCUCGGAGUCGCUACACACAGACAAGAUAGAUAUCCAUCGAGUUCUUAAAUUUGUACUUGGUGUAAAUGAAAAAACCUGUUCCAAGUAUACCAAAGAAGAAUUAACGUUACACGGGGAUGUUAGUUUUGGUGCCGAAGAAUUCUUUGAGAACGAAGCGAAAAUGGCAACGAGACUGGCAAACUUUAUCAGCUCUUUUCUGCAAGUAUCGGACCCACAUAAGGUUUAUUCGGGCAAAAGAGUGGCGGAUAAACCUCUCACCGAAGAUCAGAUGAUCGGAGAGACAUUGUCACUAGUCAUGGGAAAUUCUCGAGUGCUGUCAGCUGGCACUUAUUGGGAUCGCAACAAAUUUACCAAUAGGACGUUCUUCGCACCAUACGCUUACAAACAACCCCUGGAUGUUCGUACAUUUAAAGUCGAAGAUUUAGCGAGGCUCAACGAUACCGACGAAGUCUACACGAAAGUCAGCUGGUUCCAGCUGCUUAAACAAAGAUGGGCCACCAAUUUCGAUGAUUUAGAAAAGUAUCACAUGAAAAUUAAGCUCAGGUACAACGAAACCGGUGAACACCUGAAGAGAUACGAGGACGACUACUUCAUCUCCUACAGGGCAGCAAACCUGAACCACGGCUACUGGACCACUCCUUACUUCGAUUGUAACGGCAGAGUGAAGAAAUGGUUAAUUACCUAUGCAUCCCCAUUUUUCGGCUGGGACGGCGUGAAAGAGAAACUGGAAUUCAAGGGCGUCGUGGCUGUUAGCAUGAACUUGCUUCAGCUGGACAUCAACCAGUGCGAGGAAAAGUUCUAUGUUCCCAACGCUUUCAAGGCGACGAACAAGUGUGACCAAAAGACUUCAUACUGCGUCCCGAUACUUGGCAGAGGCUUCGAGACCGGAGGGUACAAAUGCGAGUGCAAGCAAGGAUUCGAGUAUCCCUUCGAAGACCUGAUAACCUACUACGAUGGCCAGCUUGUCGAGGCAGAAUUUGGGAAUCUACUCGAGGACAAAGUAACGAGGUACGACAUGUUUAAAUGCCGAUUGGCUGGGGCAGCGUCGACGCAGGCAAAUGGUCUUCUACUCUUCUUGGUUCUGCUGCUGCUCUACGCGGCUCUUCGCAGAUAGAUAAGUCGACGUAUCUUAACACGAUAUUCUGCGAAUCUUGUUCAAAUUCCGUCCACAUAUGUACAAAGAGACAUUCUUAACGACGCAUGUCGACGAUGAGAUCGGUUUACGUUUAAGUCUCAUUGUUGGUAAGGCCAUUCCAAUAAUUUUUUUAAUUCAGUCUAUCGGUCAAGUUAAACAAUUCGGCGCAGCUGUAGGUUGUCGGGUAUCAGCUAGGAAUGUCCACGGAUUUAGUGGCAUUGACGUACAAUUGACAGUACAAUGAGUAUGUACCGUUUCGGUCGCAUCAUUUCAAUCAGGAAUGUUUUGUGCUUGAGCAGGUAAAAAUACGGUCUACUUUGUCCAUUCCGUUCUUAUUCCGUACGCAACAUUCUUAAUUUAUUUAUUGAGCUAGCGAAGACUUAUCGUAACCCCCUUAGGCAUAUCAAGAAAACAGAUCUAUUUAUCGAUGUACAUAUUGAACCCUAUUGGUUCAAUGGUUUUAGCAGAGUAAUUCCGUCCAACUUGUUUGAACUUAAGUGCCUUAAUUGUAACUACUGACGCGUCACACUGUCACCCGUUUGCGCGACUGAACGUAUUAACAAGUAUAUUAUUAUAUCAUAGUCUGUAAGCGCGAAAAGUUUGUACAUUUUAUACGAAACCAAACUGAGAGAGUUCAUAAAGAAGGAGAAAAUGUGA